AUGGCUGACAAUGAAACACUGCCCGCAGCAACAACAACCACAGGGACAUAUUAUUCCUAUACCAUACCGGGUAUGGAUAUCAGUAGUGGUUCGAUGUUAUUUACCCUUGUAAGUCAGUUUAUGGGUGUGAUAACACCCAGUGAAUUGCCAUUAGGACAAGUCCGCCAAUUAUUACAUUCAAAUCUCACGCUAUUUGAAUUUGGGCUGAAUGCCAUCAAAGUUGAAUCGGGUUUCAUUGCGUUGAUGAGCAUAUUUAUGAUUUUGGCUGUGGUACCCAUAUUGGCCACCUGCUGUUGGUGCUGUUGCAGUCGCCAGCCGGGCGAAGAUGAAGAAUUUGCCCGCAAUGCUGCCCGCAUGAACGAAUCCUUGGAGGAUAGUUUAAUGUGUCGUAAAAGUGCCUCACUAACCACAUUGUGGAUAGUUUUCAUAUUGUUAAGCUUAAGCGACUUGUGCAUAUUUUAUGCCAACAGCCGUUUGGCCAGCACCGUUGAAAUGACACCCGAAAUGAUCAAAUCCACCGUCCAUGACAUGGAGGUAUUCCUGAAGGACACCCAUCUACAAAUCAAACAUAAACUUGAUAAUGGCUUUCAUGUUUCGGUGGAAAAAGUUGUCAAAGAUUUGGAAGAUGUGGAUGUCUUACUCGGUGAACCAAUUCAAGCGGAAAUUUCAGCACAUACUGGCAUUGAGUUGGCCUAUGAUUCGUUGGCAACCUUAAGCUUGGCAAAUGCCGAACUUAUCUAUCGUGUCCUAAUGUUACAAGAGACCGUUGGCCGAGCACUAAAAAUAUCCCAAGAGGCAUCGGCCCGCAUGGAAGAACUACAAAUACAAUUGUCUGUGCUGCAACGUCAAUGUACAUAUCGUGACCGACCAUUAUGCGAUACGCUGCGUAUACGAAGUUUCGAAGAGAAUGGUAUUAUUGAUGCACUCAAAACGUUACAAGAGGAUCAAACGAUAUUUCGCAUGCGCUACCUGGGUGAAAUAGAAUUUGGUGCUACGGUCAAGAAUUUAACAUCUGAAGUUGGAAUGUCACGUUCGAUAUUCAGUAAUUUUCCGCAACAAGUUAAAAUGGAUACGGCCUAUGAACGGAAUUACACCUUGCAACAAUUGGAAACGAUACGCCAUCGUACCACAACAAAUGCUCAAAUGUUAACCUCAACCAUAAAUGUUCUACUCGGUCGGCUGGAAGGUGUCUGGGAUUCCGUCAAGCCACAAUAUGAAAAACUGCAAGAUUGGUCAAAUGUCUAUUGGACCACUGGAUGGGUGGCAGCCAUGGCCGUUGUUUGGAUACUCAUAUUUAUGCUGAUGGCCUACUGUUGUUUUCUAUGCGAAUCCAAUGUUAAAGCCGGCGUUUUACUUUUCAUAGCGGUUGUUAUCAUCUGCCUCAGCUGUAUUGGUCUAACCAUCUAUGGAGUGCUGUCGCUGGCCAUCGGUGGUAAUGCCGAAGUGUUUUUGUGUAAACCGUUGUAUGAUGCAGGUGUCAGUGUUGUCAAUCGCAUGGAUACAACAGGCAAUAUGAUGAUGAUCCCGUAUGACUACAACAGUAAUAGCAACAACAUCAAUAACAUGAACAGCAACAAUGCCUAUGAUAUGCUGGGUAAGUUAUUCGAUAAGCCCGGUUAUGUUUAUGAACAUGAACCGGAGGUGGGCAUUAUUGGUGAGCUAUUGCGUCCGGAUGGGGUGAAUCGACCAAUUGUUAAUGUUAGUUUAUCAUCGGCAAUAAGAGGUUGUGAAAAAAACGAAGCAUCGUACAAUGUCUUCCAAUUGGAUGCAUUCGUUAAUACAACGGCAAUUUCCAAUUUGAAACAAUUCCCCAAAGUCACGCAAGCCAUCGAUUCAAUAGAUGUAUCGGAGCGCACCCUGCUGUCACUGACACAGACGAUACAAAGUAUCCUGGAGAGUAUGCUGCAGACAUCGUCAUUUAAUUUGACCACAUAUCGUACCAGCAUUGGAUCACCAACACCGGAAAAAGAUUUGGCGACAUUCAUAGAUCAAAUGCAGCGGGUGGCAUUGCAGAUACAAGACGUGGCAACAUCCUCACGUAUGACAACACUUGGCAGUCGUUCGAAACGUUUGCAAUCGUCCAUACUGCAGCCACUGGAGCAGUUGCAAAAUGAAAUACUUUAUCAUUUGACAGCAUUGGAAUUGCAAAGGGACCCCUGGGCUAAACAGGUCAAUCAGACACUGAAUCAUUUGCGCAACAUACAGGAAUACCUGGAGAAGACGGCCGGCGAGAUAUGUGACAAUCAGACACGAAUCUAUACCGAAAGACUGAAAACCUAUUUGGCCAGCGACAAGGCCACAAUGUCUUCACAAUUGGGUGAUACCACGGCCAAGUGUCGUCCCUUCUUUGAUAUCUUUGAUGCAAAUCGUAUAUUUCUUUGCCGAAAUAUGAUCGAUUUCAUCAAUGCCCUGUGGUUCUUCCCCUUUUUGACAUUGCUACUGUGGUCCGUUGCCACGCCCGUGGGUUUAAAUCUGAUUACGCUGCAGCGUAAAUUGACCACGCUGAAACAGAUACGCAUGCGUGGUGGCGCUGAACGUGGCCGAAGGCGGGAACGUGAUUCGAGUACGUCGCGGGAACGUAGCACAAGUAGUGGUCGAAGGAAACCGGCACCAUUGCGUCGAACAGCCACCGAAGAAACUCUAGACAUAGAUGACAUUGAUGCGGUGGGUCAGCAAACCCCUGUACGCAGUCGUAGUCAACCUAGACGCCCUGAACCAGAACAGGAAGAUAAUUGGCGUUCAUCUGGCCCGAUACGUGCCCCAUCCCGUGAUCGCAGUUCAUAUGAACGGGAACAGCCACGUGCCAAACCACCCAUGCGCCGCCAAGGUACCGAAGAAUUCAAUUUGGACGAUGAAGGCCAGCCGGCCUCAUAUGGCCGCGAAAGAAGUCGAGAACCGAGAGCACCAAGUCGACAGCAGCAGCAGGAACGUUCACAAGGUCCGAAAUUCAAGCCUGCCUUACGAAGACAAGGCACCGAAGAAUUUAAUUUAAACGAUGAAGAUACGGGCACAUAUUCACGUGAACGUAGCCAACCUAGGGCACCCAGCAGUAGUAGACAACAACAGCCACGUAUACAAGCCCCAAGCAAAUUCAUACCAGUCUUGCGAAGACAGGGUACUGAAGAAUUUAAUUUAGAUGAUGAUAAUACGGGUACAUAUUCCCAGCAACGUAAUCAAUCUAGAGAACCUAGCAGUAGUCGACUACAACCAAGGGCACCACCUCCAACCAGCGCCAAAUCAGUACCGGUCUUACGAAGACAAGGUACUGAAGAAUUUAAUUUAGAUGAUGAUGGGCCGGACGGCUCAUCUACCCAGCAACGUAAUCAAUCACGUGCACCCAGCAAUAGUAGGCAACAACGUCCUGUACCACCACCAAAAAGUGCCAAAUCAGUACCUGUCUUACGAAGACAGGGUACCGAAGAAUUUAAUAUGGAUAACGACGAUAUGGCCCCAUAUGAACGUGAACGUAGCCAGCCCAGAGGCAUGGCUAGUAGCAGUAGGCCACAACAACGGGCCCAGUCACAGCAAACGUCUAAACCUGUAAUGCGCCGUCGAGGUACUGAAGAAUUUAAUUUAGACGAUGAAGAUAAUAAUUGGCGUUCGCCACAAGACACUCGAGGUCGCAGUGAACCCCGCCGUGGUGAUAUGCGUUCACAGAGAUCUAUGACACCGGUUCUUUCGGUCCGACCCGAUGUACAACCGGCACAGCCGAUGCCACGUACGCCACCGCGACUGAAAUCUCGAGUCUCGUUGACCACAAGGGCCGUGGCAAAUAUCGUGAAAAAUCGCAGUCAAGCUGCUGCUGGCCGGCAAGGAUUGAGACGUCGAGAUACUGAAGAUUUCGAAAUCGAUGAUGAUAAUACAUAUAGUACUGCCACCAGACAAGCCGUAGAAGCAGCUCGAAGAACACCGCCACGAUCGGCUCCACCACCACCGCCACCACCCGCAAACAGAUUUAGUGAUGUUCGCAGUGUACGCUGGACCUCUAAAAAUGAUGAUAUUGUUUUCGAAGAUUGUGACUCAGCGAAUCCCAUGUAUAUGAUUCAUGAUCUUGACGAAUAAAGGACACAAUUUCCAUCU